UGCCGGGUGGAGGAUGCGCGCGCAGCGCCUCCCGCCCUAGCGGAAGUUUCCGCGGGGCUACUGAGGCUUCGGUGGCUCGCGCCUGGAAUCCUAUCUAUUCUGGAGGCUGAGAUCCGGAGGAACGAGGUGUAAGACCUGCCUGGGAGAAAGGCCAUCAUCAGGAUGGAGUUUCCAGUUCAGUGAGGGCAAGGACCAGACUGUGGGUCCAUAAAGCAUGAUCUCCUUCUGUCCAGGCUGUGGCAAAAGUGUUGAAGCGACAUUCAAGUUCUGCCCGUACUGUGGGAGCCCUUUGCCUACAGAGGAACAUGAGGGGUCAUCGAGCUGUGUCAGCCCAUUCCAAUCAUCCUUCCAAGGCUCAAGGAAAGAGUUCAGCUCCAGUUCUGAAACUUCUCCCAAGAAAGUGAAAUGGUCACACGCUGUUCACUGCCACAGAUCAACCCUCCUCUCUGAUGGUCACAUUUCCGAGUCUGAAGAGAUCUUCAGUCCCCCUGGGAAGGCCAAAGGGGCCCGGAGCAGAUCCUCAACCCCCAAAAGCAGCCCAAAGGCCAACAGGCAGAGCCCUCAGACACUGAAGCGGAGCCGAGUGACCACCUCGCUUGAGGCUUUGCCCACAGGGACGGUGCUGACAGACAAGAGCGGGCAGUGCUGGAAGCUGGGGGACUUCCAGAGCAGGGAUGACCAGGGCAUUCUCUAUGAAGCUGAGCCUGCCUCUGCCUUCCCCUGCCAGUCAAGGUCCAGGCCUGCAAAACAUCGUUUCUCCCUCAAACUGGAUGCCAAGGAUGGGCGCCUGUUCAAUGAGCAGAACUUCUUCCAGAGGGCUGCCAAGCCUCUGCAAGUGAACAAAUGGAAGAAGCUGAACUCAACCCCGCUGCUCGCCAUCCCCACCUGCAUCGGUUUUGGUGUUCACCAGGACAAAUACAGGUUCUUGGUGUUCCCCAGCCUGGGGCGGAGCCUUCAGUCAGCCCUGGAUGACAGCGCAAGGCAUGCUGUGUCAGAGAAGUGUGUGCUUCAGUUGGCCUGCCGCCUGCUGGAUGCCCUGGAGUUCCUCCAUGAAAGCGAGUAUGUUCAUGGAAAUCUGACAGCUGCAUGUGUCUUUGUGAAUCCAGAGGAUCUGAGUCAGGUCACCCUAGUGGGCUAUGGCUUCUCCUUCCGCUAUUGCCCAAGUGGCAGACACGUGGCCUACACAGAAGGCAGCAGGAGACCACAUGAGGGGGACCUGGAGUUCAUCAGCCUGGACGUGCACCGGGGCUGUGGGCCCUCCCGCCGCAGCGACCUCCAGAGCCUGGGGUAUUGUUUGCUAAAGUGGCUGUACGGGUCCCUGCCAUGGACAAACUGCCUUCCCAAUGCCGAGGGCAUCAUGAAGCAGAAACAGAAGUGA